AAAUGGAUUCUACGGUACUCUCCCUUCCUCUUUCUUCAACAUAUCUUCUCGUCAUUGUUCAGUUUCCCGAUAACCAACUUGAAGGGAGUCUUCCUCCAGAUUUAGGAGUCACUCUUCCUAAUCUUACCGUGUUAAAUGUCGCGAACAAUAGUUUUACUGGGCCUAUUCCUGCUUCCAUAUCAAAUGCCACUAACUUAAUGCGGCUAACAAUCCCGAAGAACAAAUUUUCUGGAAACGUGCCUCCUUUGGAAAAGCUAAAUCAGCUGCAGUGGAUAAGUAUUUCGUUCAAUCAGCUAGGUAGCGGAGCCCAAGGUGAUCUGAAAUUUCUUGAAUCGGUCAAUUCUACCAGCCUGGAGCUCCUGGCAAUCAACAUCAACAAUUUCGGAGGUACUUUGCCCGAAUCUAUAGGCAACUUAUCCUCCCAGCUGAGAAUAAUGUCGUUCGCGAAGAAUCAAUUGUUUGGAAAUAGCCCAUCAAGCAUAGGAAAUUUGCGCGGCCUAGAAGUGUUGCACAUGGGCUAUAACAAGUUCACGGGCAGCAUUCCCGAUACCAUCGGAAAUCUCAUCAAGCUGAAGGAGUUUCAAGCUCAGAUGAACAAACUCACCGGGAAUAUCCCCUCCACGAUAGGGAACCUGACAGAGCUAAUGGAACUCAUCUUCAAUGAGAACAAAUUACAAGGAAGCAUUCCUCCGAGUAUUGGGAAAUGCCAAAAAUUGGUAGGGAUCGCCCUUUCACGGAAUAAUCUGAGUGGAAUCAUACCAUCUCAAGCUUUCACUAUCUCUUCCCUAUCUAUGUAUUUUGUUCUAUCUGAUAACCAAUUCAGUGGUUCCUUACCAGAAGAACUCGGUAGAUUGAAUAGCUUAGCCAUAUUAGACGUACAUGGCAAUGAACUAUCGGGAAUUAUCCCUAGUAGCCUCAGUCGAUGUACUAGCUUGGUGGAGCUUCACAUGCAAAAUAAUCUAUUUGAAGGGAAUAUCUCUUCAUUCUUGAGUUCCUUGAAUGGUCUUCAGUACAUAGACCUCUCGAGUAAUAAUUUCUCUGGGCCUAUUCCGACAUUCCUGGAGAAAUUUCAAUUGCAGUACUUGAAUCUCUCUUUCAACAACUUUGAGGGCGAGGUACCGAGCAAAGGGGUGUUCCUGAACACAAGCGCGAUUUCACUUGAAGGAAACAAUAAGCUCUGUGGCGGUAUGCUGAGCCUAGAUUUGCCAAGUUGUUCGACGAGCAAAGGAAAACAGGGAUUAUCUACUUCCCGUUAUGUUAUCAUCACAGUUACUUGUGGGAUAGUAGCGGUGCUGAUUCUUCUGUUGCUACUGAUGACAUUUUAUUGGUCGAGGAGGAAGAAUGGUAAGGCUUCUGUAGAGACUCCAUCAAUAGGGGGAUUUCAGCAAGUGUCUUAUGAAGACAUUGUCAAAGCAACAGAUGGGUUCAACUCUAGCAAUCUGAUCGGAGUGGGUAGUUUUGGAUCCGUGUAUAAAGGGAACCUAGCAGAUGAAAACAAAAUAGUGGCUGUUAAGGUUUUUGACCUGAAGCAACGAGGAGCAUGCAAAAGUUUCACGGCAGAGUGCGAAGUCCUGAAAAACAUAAGGCAUCGGAAUCUUGUUAAGAUUCUUACAGCUUGUUCCAGUGGAGAUUUCCAGGGCAAUGAAUUUAAGGCUCUGGUAUACGAGUUCAUGGAAAAUGGUAGCUUGGAGGAGUGGUUGCAUCCGAAUCUUGCACCAGAUGGGACGCAAAGGCAUAGGUUAAGUUUUGUUCAGAGACUGAACAUUGCUUUCGACGUAUCAUGCGCGGUGGAUUAUCUACAUCAUCAGUGCCAAACAGCAGUGAUCCAUUGUGACCUCAAGCCGAGCAACAUUCUUCUGGAUGCCCGAAUGAAUGGUCAUGUCAGCGACUUUGGCUUAGCUAGGAUAUUCCCUAACGCCAUUGGUGGUUUGCCCGCGAGUCAAACAAGCUCAAUUGGACUUAGAGGAACCAUUGGCUAUGCCCCUCCAGAGUAUGGAAUGGGAAGUGAAGUGUCAAAAGACGGCGACGUGUACAGCUAUGGGGUCCUGCUGCUGGAGAUUUUCACGGGAAAGAGACCCACCCAUGACAUGUUUAAGGAUGCUUUGAACCUUCAUGAUUACUGCAUGGCGGCUUUGCCAGAAAGAGUGGCAGAUAUAGCGGAUCACCCACUCCUAUUUUGUGAAACAGAAGAAUCAUCAAUUGCAGAAACUCUGAGAAAUCAAAGAAACAUUAGAGCUCACGUCCAAGAGUGGUUGGUGAUGAUAUUUGAAAUUGGCGUCGCCUGUACCGCACAGCUGCCACGAGAUAGAAUGAAGAUAAGCGAUGUGGUGUCAAGAUUGCGUGCGCUGAAACAGAAAGUUGACAAAAUGGGAUUCUGCUAGAAGUGAUGGAGAAAUAUGCGCAACAUGGGGAAGAUUAGGAGUUGAUCGCUUAAUGUUUCCUCAGUUUCUUGUUUGGACAUGUUGGUUUGCAUACGUUUCAUGUUCGAUUAGUUACUGUUUCCUCAGUCUCAUGUUUUAGGCUUAGUAGAUACGAUUCGACGUGCUAAUCCUGAAAAGGGGCAGUACGUGAAAAAACACUCCAAAGACCCUGUUCUAUCAACAGCUCUAUUAGCAUCUUCUCUAA